AUGUUGCCACAGCGAUUGUCGAUUCAAAUCUUGUUUCUAACGCUUUUUUGUUCACUUUUGGUAAUUUUCAUUAAAUUUUCAACAAAUUUUGUGUUUUUUUCAGAAUGCGAACGAAAAGGAGUUGACGAAAAUAGUCGAAAAAAUGAACGAUUUUACUGUUAAGCGAGACCAUACUGCAAUGGCCGCUUUGUACACGCAGGACGCUCAGAUUGUGUAUUGCGAGAUGACUUACGUCGGAAACAGUUGGAUUUUGCUAUUUUUUUGAAUUUGGGGGUUCGAAAAAGUAGUUUUCUUUUUUUUGCAAACCGUCAAAAACUUUCUCUGAAAAUGAGAUGAAAAUUUUCUCAUGCACCUAUUGCAUGCUUGAAAGACGGGUGGAAAAUAUCAAUAUUAUUUUUUCUGAAAUGGUAUCAAGGCUUGUUUUGAAGUGAAAAUUCUAUUGAUCAUGAUUUGGCAAAAAAAAGGCGUGAAUAAACCUUCGGGCUUCCAUCUAGGCGUUCAAGUAGAAUAUGAAAUUUUUCCGGCUCAUUUUGAUUUUUUUUUCCAGUCGACGUUGAACGGAUCUACUUUUUCGAGUUUUCUGCUUUCAAAACCAGCGAGGUAGGCCCUUUCUUAGGGAUUUUAGAGUGGCCCCUAUAGGGGUUAGGGGAAAAAACAGGCCCGAGAGGGGUCGAAAAAGGGAACCCUAUAGGGGCUUAAAGUCUGACCCCUUGCCCCUGAAGCUUGCGCUAUUCUGGGAAAAUGUUUAGUGGUCACUAUAGGGUUUUGACGUUUUAGUGGCCACUAUAGUAGUCAAAUUAGUGGUCACUAUAGAGGUUCGCUAAGGACUACUUGGAGAGGACACUAAAGUGGCCACUAAUUUGACUACUAUAGUGGACACUAAAACGUCAAAACCCUUCAGUGGCCACUAAAAAUUUUCCUAUGUUUAGUUCUUUGCAUGGAAGUUUUUCUUCGCAUAGUUUAUGGAAAUUAUCGACGAGCAUGCCCCCUACAGAGGCCAUUAACUAAAACCUCCAUAGGGACCACUUUUGCAAUGCUUAAUGAGCCCCUAUAUGGAUCAACAAAGUGGCCGCUACAGGGACACCUCUGGAGUCUACGAAUUUAUAGCUUUUUUCUUCAGAUUAGCCUGAAAAGCGUGGAUUUCGACAGUUUGACGGCGACUUUUGAGCACUGGUACCACGACGACAACUAUGGCGCCUUCGUAAUCGUCGAGGCUCUCAAUUUUAGACUAGUGAUUAUAUCGGUUUACGACUGGCUAUUCUAUCAAUUUGAGGUUAAUGGCAAGUACAAGAUAUCGAGGAACGUCAGGGAGCAAAAAUGUCGAAUUUGA